GGUUUCUGCAAUCGCCCAGCAUCCUCUCCUUCCUCAUCUUCCCUCCAUCUUUCUAUCAGGGCUGCUUUCGCCCUCGCUGGUAGGCACACACAGCACAGGAGGAGCUGAGCUUCCUCGGAAUCGUCGAGUCUGCAGCUCCAGCUGUGCUAGGCCUCCACAAUCGGAAGCAGGUCGAUCCUCUCUGCUUUAGAAAUCGUUCGUUCACCCCUCCAGACCAAAUCUUAUCUUUCGUCCAUGAUGCCCGCCGAUUAUGCGUCAACUGCCCGGGCCCUAUCCGUCUCCUCUUCUCCCGUCUCUUCAGGUCGCCUUUCGCCCUCGAAUGUCAGCGUUCGCCCACCAUGGUCCCGUUCAAGGCGAAGUUCCGCUUUGUCGGUCGAAGAGGCUCUUACCAUGAGAGAUAAAAUCAUCAAUUAUGCGACCGGGCUUUCCCGACGGAUACAAGGGACUUGGCGGAAAAUGAGCGUUUGGCAGAAGGUCGCAGCAGUUGCAGUUCUUAUUCUGGCCUCUGCACUCGGGUUUGCUUUCCUGUUUUUUACCGGGAAGGUCUUUAUCUGGUUGGGACCAAUGGCCGAGAAAUGGGAAAAGUCGAACAUGGCCUACUUUGUUCUGUGGUUGUGCGUGUUCUUCGUCUCUUUUCCACCGUUAGUCGGAUGGUCUACGUUUGGCACUGUUGCGGGUUUCUUAUUUGGAGUAUGGAAGGGCUGGCUUCUAUAUGCUAGCGCAACAGUCCUAGGUUCAAUCUCUUCCUUUAUCGUAUCACGAACCAUCCUGUCCAAACUUGUUGCCCGUCUCAUGGAACAUGACAAGAGAUUUGCAGCACUUUCCUUGACUUUGAAAUAUGAUGGGCUUAAAUUGCUCUGCAUGAUUCGGUUGUGCCCCUUGCCGUACUCGAUAUGCAACGGUGCUGUUUCAACCUUCCCGACCGUCCGUCCGUUGACAUAUGGACUUGCAACGGCGUUGAUCUCCCCGAAGUUGCUCGUACCCGCGUUUAUCGGCAGCAGGGUGCGUAUCCUGAUUGAAAAAGGCGAGGAAAUGAGCACCGCCUCCAAAGCCGUCAAUGUCUGUAGCAUUAUCGUUACUAUUGCGAUCGGGGUUUUUACAGGGUAUUAUAUAUACAAUAGAACCUUGGCUCGAGCGAAGGAACUUGAAGAUAAAGAACGUGCUGAUAUUCGACGGUCACUCCAAGCUGACCACGCUGCACAUCGCCCACACGCGGCUUUCUCGGAGGACCCAGAUGUCAAUAAUGCUGCCACCAUCCUCGCCCGUGAUGAAGAAGAACAGAUUGGAUUUGCGGGUGAAAUGGAAGACAAUGUUGACCUGGCCCUCGAAGAAGACAGUGCCAGCGACAGUGCGAGGCGACCGUAUCGUGAUGAAUUCACUGAUAAUGAGUCCGACGUCUUCAAGGACGGUGAUGACAUGGACGGUGAUGACAUGGACGGUGAGACAUAUGGGCUGCACUCGCAUGUCAGGAGAGCCCUGUAAACUGGGGUCAGCUCAAUACGCCUAAUACCUUUACGCUUAUUGAUUAUAUUGAUCUAAAUCUAGUGUUUACGCCCAUUUCGUAUGAUACUUCACAGCUUCUGUAUUGGUAAUGUGAGCUUUCGAUGGGAUGGCGGCGCAUUCUGGCGUUAUAGUCUGGCAAAAGUCUUAUUCACGCAAAUUAAACUCUAGAUGAUUAUGCUUAUAGAUUGACUGUCAUAAUAAUCCUCAUAAUCCUCAAUGGACUCUUUCC